UUCUCAAAAUUCCAAAACGCGACUAAAAGAGCAGCAAAAAACGCAACGAAUAAUAACAAAUAGUUACUAUCUUGAUAAGGCAAGAAAGGUUACUAAUAAGAGCCCGCAAAAACUGCAUACCGUUUUCACUGUUAGCAACCACAUAAACAUGGUAGAGCAGCAGAAUUCAUCUUCCAAAGUUCAAGCUUUAUAUGAACUCUGCAAAAAGACCUUUACACCCUCCGGGGUACCCCCUUCCUCUCGUUCCAUCCAGAAACUCUGCUCUCUUUUGGACACGGUUGGCCCUGCUGAUGUAGGGCUUAGAGAGGAAAAUCCAGAUGAUGAUAGAGGGCAUGGCUUUCUUGGACCUAAUCGGUUGACCAGGGUUGUUCGAUGGGCUCAAUCCAUAACAUACGUAGAUAUUUUUGAAUGUGAUAGUUUUACGAUGUGUAUAUUUUGCUUUCCAACUUCUUCCGUUAUUCCACUUCAUGACCAUCCUAGUAUGACAGUUUUCAGCAAAGUUCUAUAUGGCUCUUUGCAUGUGAAAGCUUAUGAUUGGGUUGAGCCUUCCCGUUACCAAAAAAGCAAGGGGCCUGGUUAUCCAGCAGUAAGUUUGGCGAAGUUGACAGUUGAUAAAGUCUUGACAGCUCCCUGUGGGACGUCAGUAUUGUUCCCAAAAAGUGGUGGGAAUCUGCAUUGUUUCACUGCAGUUACCCCUUGUGCUGUGCUUGACAUUCUUACACCUCCUUAUAGAGAAGAUGCAGGCAGAAAAUGUACUUAUUACCAUGACUAUCCUUAUUCUACCUCCUCUAUAGGAAAUGGAGCUGAGUUAAGUGAUGAAAAAAUAGAUGACCAUGCAUGGCUUGCUGAGGUAGAAACACCUGAUCUCUAUAUGGGCCAAGGAGCAUACACAGGACCAACUGUCAAGGUUUAACUCUCAUCUGUUUGAUCAAUACAUUACCUGUAAUUCUCUUCCCAGUUUUGUUUACUCAGGAUCAUGUUAUUGUUAACUCUAACUGCAACUGGAAUGUUGAAUUUUGAACUCAGUGGAUGAUUUCUCUUUGAUUA